ACCCCCCAUGGCGGAUAGUCGGGAACGCAUACGCGGUCCAUCGCGCGAUGGACGCGAAUUUCUCACAAGUCCACGCCAAGUGCUGCGUCGGCUGAUGCUGCUGUCCGAGGGCAGGCAAUAUCGCGAAGCGGCAGGCGUAGUGGGUCGCCUGGGACCCUCAGUGCUGCACUCCGUCAUUGCCGAGCUGCCGCUGGAUCUGCUGCUGGAGCAUUUACCACACAGCUCCUAUUUGCUGGAGUCUUUCUACACAAGAUUAACCACAUUGAACAGCACACCCAAGCCGGAUGUGCCUAGCGAGACUGUUGUCUGGCAGCUGGUGCGUCUCUUUGCCAAUCCACACGAGUCGGGACUGCGACAGCGCUGCAGCAAAUUGUUGCAAGCUUUGGCGCAAUACGAACCCAGCUUGCGUCAGGCGUUGCGGGAGCGGCGUCGCAGCUUUGACAAUGCCGUGCAAGGAUUGGGCGUGCAUGGCUUGACUACAGAUGCUACUGGUCAGCUGAUAUCGCUGCAUGUGGCGCUCAAGACGGAGCUGCAACGUCAUGUGGACACCUACAAAACGGCCAUACACAAGCUGGAGGAGCUCAGCAUGGUGACUGUUAAUCAGGAUCCAGCGCAUUCCUCACAUCAACGCCUGCUGGCCAUCAACUAUGGCGACAUCCAGCAGCGUCUGAUUGACAACAAAACGCUGCUCACUAUGCUGGAUAAGCCGGCGCUGAAGCAGCUGCAAACGCUGGUGGAGAAUCUCAGCUCACGCGUCGAGAACGACAAGGAUAUGCUAUCCUGCGUGGGUCAGGUCAAGCGCCUGGAUGCGCAGGCGCAUAUUGAAAAGCGCCCAGCUGCUGGACUGCUCAUGAACUUUUCACGCGGCUGCGAAGUAGUGCUGCAUAUGAUGGGACCCGAGAGUUUGCCACCCAGUCCAGCUGUCACUAAUAAAGCCAACGCUACGGGCAGCGCCGGCGGCAGCAGCUGCAGCGAUGGCUACCACUCCGACGACUCGGCAAAUGAAGAGGCCAGCGAAAUGGUGUCGCUCUAUCGAAAUCUCUACAUUGAGAAUCGAGCGGACGCCCUGGAGGCGUUGGACAGCUUGCCGCAACUGAAGCACGCACAUAGUCUGAAGGGCAAAAUACUCUUCUCCAUGAUUGUGCUUUCUUUUCGCUUGUGCCACGGUAUGCGGGAACGCAAGGUGCUGGAGGUGCGCCGUGUGCUUAACUGCGCGCUGGACAGCAGCUGCGAGACGACGCUGGCCUUGGAUCGUUCGGUGCGCCAUCAUUUGCAUGAGACCAUCGAGAGUUUUCCGCUGGGCGAGAUUGAGCGUUCGGUGUUCAAUCAGGUGCUAUCCACGCUGCACGAGUAUCCCUGCCUGGAGACGUGUCCGCCAUUGACGCACUACGUCAGCGCCUGUGUGCGCUUGGCCUGGCGCAUGAUCAAUCAAAAGGCGCCUUACUAUCUCGACACGGAUUUCAAUUUGGGCUUUCUGCGUCCGGAGAAACAUGAACGCCAUCCACAGUCGGAUCGCCGCUCGGAUCUAAUCAAGGCCUUCCUCUGGCCCGCUCUGAUGCAGAACAAUCAGUGUGCCUUCAAGGCCGUCGUGGCUACCUAAUGCCUGCCAGACUUACUUACAUAUUAGGUUACAACAUUUUGUACAUAAAGCUUACAUUAAUCCAAUAAAUCUUGACCUAAACUCUA